GUCAGCGAUGGCGUCUUCUGCUCUGAGAGCUGAGCUGGAAUGUUCCGUCUGUCUGAACAUUUAUACCGAUCCUGUGACCCUGAAAUGUGGACACAACUUCUGCCUGGUCUGUAUUGGUCGUGUGCUGGAUACACAGGAGGGGUCUGGAGGAUAUUCCUGUCCUGAAUGCAGAGAGAAGUUUCCGGGUCGUCCUCCACUGAAGAAACAUGAAACUACGUAACAUAGCGGAGAAUUUCCUGUCUGCUCAGCCAGGUCAGGAGGACUCCGGGGUCUUCUGUACUCACUGUGUGGACUCUCCUGUACCUGCUGUUAGAUCCUGUCUACACUGUGAGGUUUCUCUGUGUGAUAAACACCUGAAAGUCCACAAAAAGUCCCCAGAACACAUCUUAUCUGACCCCACCUUGUCCAUGGAGAGAAGGAAAUGCUCCGUCCAUAAGAAGAUCCUGGAGUAUUACUGCACUGAGGAUGAGACCUGUAUCUGUAUGUCUUGUUAUGUGAUUGGAGAACACACAGGACAUAAGAUGGUGUCUCUGGAUGGGGCUUCUGAGAAGAAGAAGGAGACACUGAGGAAUGUUCUGCAGAAACUUCUGACAAAGAGAGAGGAGAUGGAGGAAAGAGUCCAGAGUCUGCAGGAACACAGGAGGAAAGUAGAAGAAGAAGAAGCUGGUGACACCGAGAGAGUCACUGCCCUGUUUAUAGACCUCAGGAGACGUCUGGAAGACCUGGAGAAGAGAGUCCUGAGGGACAUCUCCGGGAGGGCAGAGCGGGUCUCCAUCUUCAUCCAGGAUCUGGAAAUAAAGAAGGAGGAGCUGUCCAGGAAGAUGCGUGACAUUGAGGAGAUGUGUAACAUGACGGAUCCACUGACUGUCCUACAGGAAUCAGACACAGGUGACUUGUGUGAUACUGAGGAUGGAGAUAAUGAGGACAGAGAGAGACAUGAGGAACUCCUCCAUGAUGGAGGGGGGCUGGAUGUGGCGGGGGUCUUACACACAGGUUUAUCUGAUAUAAUAACAGGGGGAAAUGUAUCCUUCUAUAUACAGGGGGCUGAGGACAUAUUACUGGAUGGAAACACAGCUCAUAAUUAUCUACAGAUAUCAGAUGGCGGGAAAACUGUGUCCAGGUCAGAUAUAAAGCAGAAUCACCCAAAAACCACCAGAGAGAUUCCUGUAUUGUCCUCAGGUGAUGAGCAGUCAGAGGUUCUCCUCAGGGAGACAUUACUGGGAAGUGGAUGUCGGGGGGUCAGAUAGUGCUGGAUUCGGGAUGUGUUACCCCAGUAUAGACAGGAGAGGAGGAGUCAUUUAAUUGGAAGGAAUAACAAGUCCUGGGGUUUGGACAGGUAUGGUGAUCGGUAUUCAGUGAUACAUGACAAUGAUUCCGAUCCCAAUACCCCCAACCCCUUCAGUAACAGAGUCAGGAUAUAUCUGGAUUAUGAGGCCGGGCGGAUCUCCUUCUAUGAUCUGUGUGACCCGAUCCGACACCUCCACACCUUCACCACCACCUUCACUGAGCCCCUCCAUGCUGGGGGGUAUGGGUAGGAGAGGUUGUAUAAAGAUAUGUGGGGGGAGGGGGGAGAUGUGA